CAGUCGUUGAUAGACUUUUUUUCAACUGUAGACUGGAUUUAAUUAGCUCUGUAAUUGCAAUUACUAAACAAGAAGAAAAUGCAGACUCAUCACUCAAAGCAUGAGUUCAGGUCAAUUGACAUUGCCUUGCUUUUCGUGUUCGCACAUGGCUUCACAUGCAUCAUCAAUGGCUCAAUGCCCCGAAGAACCAUGCUUCUUGUCAUCUUAUGAGCACAUUGUUGUAGCCAAAGUCUCUCCUCAUGAAAGCGAGUCCAAUUACUGGACUGACAGCAGGGUCGUCAAAUUGAGCCUGCAGCUUCUUGAGCCACUUCCAGGCCCAAAGAAAGAGAUCAAGAAAGGUCUGGUGUUCUAAAACUGAGGACCUCUUCCUCUUCGACCAGCUGAUUCUUACAAGUCUUCUAAAAUCACUUUCAGCCAAUGUUAUUUAUUUAAUGGGCAAUGAUACAGCUACGUUAUUUUCAUGCAAUGUUUUUUUUCAUCAGCAAAGAAAUGUAUUACUGAGGAGGUACAAGGGAUACCUUAACCCAUUUCUUCCUCAUUAACAAAGAUCCUUAAGCUGA